AUGUCAACCGAUGGCUCCUACGACAACCGGCAUCGCGCAUUCCUUCAAGCAUUAUUCGGCCGGCAAACGAUAACUUUUGAAGACAGCAAACCCUUGAUUUCAGCAAUCGAAUCCGCGCACUCACCAGAUCGGCCUACGCUGCCCGAAGACGUUUCCCAAGAUGUUCUCGAAGACUACAUCGAUCGCGUCAACGACGCCAUCUCUCCUUUCGAUCUCGAAAUUCGCAACACACUUCAUCAGACCCAACGGAUGAGGAUCUACGCGCUGGUCAACACGACGAGCGAUGCUCUCACGCAGAUGGCUACAGUGCACUCAGCAGAUGAGAUCGCCUACGUGAAGCGUGUGUUAGACGCGAUGUUCGAGACGCACAAUACCCCGCGUGCCGAAAUCAUGGCCACGACUGGCAUGCAGGCGCUUGAAUUGGCGAAGCUGCCCCACGACCGCAGAGAGUCAAACGCACUGACACAGGCCGCGCAGAAUGCUGCAUUGACGAAAACACAGGCCGAAAACAUGCUGGAGAGCAUGGUCGCAGAAGGCUGGUUUGAGCUUAGCCAGAGAGGGUACUACAGUCUCACGCCACGAGCCUUGAUGGAGCUCAAGGAUUGGCUGGUGCGUACCUACAAUGACCAGGCUGCGGAGUCCGAUGAGGAGGAUGAUGAAUCGCCGCGCAUGAGACUCAAAUUCUGCGAGGCGUGUCGCGACAUUGUCACGGUGGGACAACGAUGUCCUAGUGCACCCUGUAACGCAAGACUUCACGACGAUUGUGUUGGAAAGAUCUUUCGUGCACAGCAUGGACAGCAGACAUGCCCCAGCUGCAAGACUGACUGGAAGGACGUAGGAUUUGUCGGCGAGCGUGCAGCCAGAAGUGCCUCCGCUGAACGCUUGCAUCAACGCGUAAGGACAUGAAAUAUGUUUUCAUUCGCUUGGCUCAAAAAACGAGCCAGACACCGAGUGCUGAAUCUGUAUCUAUGCGCUACAUCGCGCAAUGACAGCCCAACUUCCGCGAGCGCCAAAACCCAUGCAAAACCCACACCCACGCCGAAA